GAGCGGGCCAGGUUUUAACUUUUGCAACGUCGGGCUGGGUCUGAAUGGAACUGGAGAGGUAUAAGAAGAAUUGAUUUCUCUGUCUGGAGAUUUCGUUUUUCCACUUUCUCAUCAUCACAGCACAGCACAGCACAUCACAUCGCCUUACAACGCACAUCUUGCAACGCAUCUUCAAUUCGCAUACACAAACAGACACGUACCAGAACUUUAAACCAAACAAACAACCUACCAACCAUGUCUCCAUCCACCCAAUUCAUCGAUCUCCUCAAGGCCCGUCGUACCAUCUACGCUCUCAGCAACAAGUCCACCAUCCCCGAUAGCAAGAUUCAAGAGAUUGUCGAGCAGUCAAUUUUGCACGUUCCUUCCUCGUUCAAUUCGCAAAGCACCAGAGUCGUUUUGUUGCUCAAGGCCGAACAUGAGAAGCUUUGGGAUAUUACCAAGGAGGUUUUGAAGGGUGUUGUGCCAGCGGAUCAGUUUGAGGGAACUGCUCAGAAGAUUGACGGCUUCAGAGCUGGUUAUGGAACUGUUCUUUUCUUUGAAGAUAGAAAGGUUGUCUCCGGAAUGCAAUCUGCAUUCGCUGCCUACGCAGACAAAUUCCCAAUCUGGGCUACUCAAAGUGAUGCCAUGACUCAAUAUGCCAUUUGGGUUGCUUUGGAAGCUGAGGGAUUGGGCGCAAACUUGCAACAUUACUCUCCAUUGAUUGAUGCUAAGGUUGCUGCUGAAUGGGACAUCCCAGCAGACUGGGAACUUAACGCCCAACUCGUUUUUGGUACUCCUGUUGCCGCAGCUGGAGAGAAGACCUUCAAGCCUCUUGAGGAGAGAUUCAAGGUUUUCGGUGCUUAGAUGGAUGUUUGAGGAUAUAGUAAUAAUAGUGGAGGAAAGCACCGGGGUGAAGAGGAUAUAGAUAAGACAGUGGAUUUACAAUAGAGCGAAGCGCUUUGAUACAUACAUGUGCUAUUCUUUUGCAAGGAGCGGCAGAGGAACGGUAGAUAAGGGGGGGAUACAAAUAGAUCGAUUAAACCAUUACUGAUACGAAAAUAGAAUGGUUCAGAUUAGAUUAGAUUAAGUUAGAUGAAUAACACGAUACAUUAUUAAAAUAAUAAAUCCAUAAGUUGUGGUUGCUUCCA